UUCCGACUUUAUGAUCAUGGAAUUACCGCCCUGUCGCUCUGCUCAAUCGCUUCUGUGGUAACAAAACUCUCUGGAACAGCUACGUGGUGAUGUCUUCGGAAAGUUGAUGUGGACUUCCUUCUUGCGUGGACACGAGUCUCCACACUUACUACUCACUUGCUGCGAGACGCCCUUUCGUGUCUUCGACGUCCGGGAGGAGGACGUUUCUGGUUUCUCCUUGCAAAUCCAGGAUUUCCUUGAAGAGUCUGCGUUUUGCACACUUUUUCUGCAAUGACGUAGCAGUUAGAGCCACCGAGCCGGCAACCGUUUUCUAGUCGCGUAGGCUUGUGGGUUGUCUUGCACCUGGUGGGUCUUCUCUUGCAGAGAAUUUACGAGGACGACGCGCCCCUGGCCUGUAAAAAAACAGAGGACGCCGCACUUGUGUUCUUUCGAAGAUCGAAAGUCAGGGUCUUCGGCUUAGUUCUUGUGCUUCACAGUUCGAAGUUUGCGGAGAAACUCGCCGUCCUCUCCUAUCUGGUUAAGCCGUUCGAUGCUUCGGGGUUGCGGCGUUCCCUUUGUUUCCAAGCACUGCAAAAGUUUCAGGACUUUGUUGCUACCGGCUUGGCCGGAAGCAGGAUGAACCAUUUUCCCUUUUUUCUCUGAUUGUUCCGGUAGAAACGAGGAAAGAUCACUUACACUUGAGAGGCCCGCCAUUCCGGCAUCCUGCCAUCGGGUUCCACUUCUUUUGCGAAACGGGGGGAAAAGCGCUUGCACUUGGAGUUUCUCCGAGACGAUUCCAACGUGUUUUUCUCCUCUCAGCGAGGGUUUCGCGUCUUCGCUGGAAAAAGCAGGAGGCCUCUGCAGACGUCGCGUUGUUUCUGCAGUUUCCUUUUUGUUCAACCGCUCUGUUGUAACGUCGCGGUUGUUUCCGCGAGAGACGUGUGGGCUUGCUGGUGUCUGCUGGAGUUUGUGUCCUCUGUUUCGGACACAAGACAACGAAACUGGACAGAGCGAAUUCGCAGCGUUCCCAGUCAGUGGUUUUGCCCCGAAGUUUCUUCUGAAUCUCUCGUUUUCCUCUCUCUCCACGAUGACAAGUGUCACCGCCGUCGCCAGCGGCAGCCCGCCUGCUGCAGACGACUCUGCAAAGAAGCUCGAGGAGUUGGCUGCACGAGCAAGUCCGCAAAUGAGGGCACUUCUUCAACGAACUCCGGAUGAAAUGAAGCCACCUGAAGAGCACCUCCAGGAGGAAAAGGAAAAACAUCCAGAGGCCCUUGCGUUGCUUCAACAGAUCGAGGAUGCCCUCGCCUCAAAACGUUACCACGAGUUCACGAUGGCUUCGUUCACUUACCUUGCCCCGUUGUCUCUCGGAGACAACUCUCUGGGGAGUGCUGCCUACGAGGUGCCUUCCCCUCCUCCGAAUUUCUCGGGCCUCGACCGUGUGGAAUUCUUCUUCUACGUUGUCGGUCCUCAACGAAGUAAACUGGACGAAGUGGCUUUCCUCAGACUCCUCGGAGCUGUCUGUGAAGACAUCGAUGCGCGAGAUGGAUUGCUUUUCCUCUCGCACUUUCCUCUCGCGGACGGGCCGCAGAACUCGACUUCGGCGGGACAGAGCGGCGGCUCUCAGCCGAGCUCGCUGUCCUCAACAUCUGCUCCGCGCCCGAGCGCUGCGCUGGCCGCUGCCCUUGAGGCGGAGGUUUUGUACAAGACUUACCAGAGCUACCACCUUUCUCAGUGUCGUGACUUUUCAGAGAGCGAAGAAAUCCUGGAAGAACUUCAAAAGAAACUUCACGAAACUUCUCUGGGGGUUGGCCCGGUUGCUCAAGCUGCCUUCCAACGCGCGGCCGCCACAUUGGCAAAGGCUCAGGAUAAGUUUGCGGAGUUUUACCAUCAUGCCAUCAUCUUCCUGGCAUACACUCCCACAAUGAGCAUCCCGGAGAAAGACCGUGUUGGCCUCGCCUACGAGAUUGCGAUCGCUGCCCUUGUUGCGCCGGACAUCUUCAACUUCGGCGAACUGAUGCAACAGGCGUUGAUUCUCGCCACGCUGAAGUCGAUGCCAGAGCACCAGUGGCUGUGGUCCUUCCUGGAGGCCUUUCACUGCGGUUCUCUUCCCCAGUUUGAGUCGAUAUGUUCGGAGUUCGCUGCCAAAAUUCAGGCGACGGCGCUGGCGAACCACAUGCCUGCUCUGCGUCGGAAGAUCGCGACGGCGGCGUUGCUGCGUCUCGCGUUUACGCGGUCGGCUGCAGGAACGGCGGCGGGGAGUUUCGAGGCUUCGUCGUUGGAGAAAAGUGGAGCACUCAAUGAAGCUCCGUUGGGUUUGUCGGCUGGAGGCGCGGGGAUUUCUGCCGCUUCUCGGAGUUUGAGUUUUGACCUCAUUGCAAAUUCCUGCAAGGUCUCAGAAGACGACGUCGAACACCUUGUGAUGCGCGCGAUGAGCCAGAAACUCAUGCGCGGCAGCAUCGACCAGGUCAAGCGCCAGGUGUUUGUCUCGUGGGUUCGACCCUCUCUUCUCCUCGAUGAAAACGGAAUGUCCUACUUGCAAGAUCGGCUGCUGCGGUGGAUCGGGGCUGCCGAGCAGCUGCACCAGCAGCUGCAGAACCAGACAACGGAGCUUCUCGGCUCCUGAAGGAGAAAACGAAAGAGAAGUUUGCGUUUCGUUUCGUGGACACCUAAGGAAGAUGCGCGUGGUUUUUCGAGAACUUCGAAGAAAGAAUCCUCCCCGAAACGUGGUUUGUUACACGGUAUUACCUCAGUUAUUGUGUGCCGGUUUCUGUCUGACCUCGGUGCGCGGACAACCUUAAAAGCUCAUGUGUUGCAACUCCCUUUGCCGCUAAACACUGAGGAGCAGA